AUGCAUCAGGACGCCCCCAAACCCUCAAGUAGUAUCCCAGCGGUGCCCAGCGAGCGCCUACGUAAAGAGAGCAAGAGAAAAGGGACCUUGUUUUCUCACCGGAAGAAGGCGUUGUUCCAGAAAGCAGAUCGGAUAUUCCAGGAUUGCGAUGCCAAGGUUUACAAAUUUAUCGAACGCAAGGGACGUAUUUGGAUCUAUAUUAGCCAUCCAUCUGACGACACAUUACCUCGAAGCCAGGCGUCGUUAGUACGUGCCCUACCUCUUUAUGGAAGAUGCAACUGCUCACAUAACAAAGCGCAAACAAUACCCUUUGCCUGUGGUAUGCACGCCGGGCAAGGAUCGCCAGAAGGCGCUGGAUGA